AAUGGAAACAAUCCUAGACACUUCAGAGUGGGCAACAACCAGUGGGCAGCAGGCUUGUCAUCUCAUCACGCCAAAGCAUCACUAAUCGGAAACAGAGCAGCCCUCCGCCUCCUCCUCCUCCUCCUCCUCCUCUUCCUAGCCCCACUAAAGCUGUGAUGGAAGCAUUUCAAUUUCAAACCCGCCCAAAGUCGAGAGAAUUUUAGAAGUUAGUGAUGGCGAACCCUAGGAGGAGUUCAUACUCUUCCAACGCCCAACUCCCUGAGAACUCUCCAUUACCCUCUUUCCAAGCCCACCAUCAGACCCCCUCUCUCUCCUCCAUCGUCUUCUUCCUCAAGAAGCCCCAUGCCUUCCCCUUACUCCUCUCCAUUUUUCUUCUUCUCACCUGGGUCUCUCUCAGACUCCAGCAUUCCAACCGUUUCUCUUUCUCCAACCAUCGUCUGCAUUGGAGCAGAGAAGAAGAUGCUAAGGCCGGUUUGAUCAGAUUCAGCGCUGCGUUUCCCUCUCAGAUCGCCAAAGACAAGCGUGGCUGGCUGUUGGACCCCAUCGCCGUAGCCCGUGAAGCUGGCAUUACAGGUGGAGCUGCGUUUUGUGCUUCGAUUCAUAUGGGUGAAAUUCGACCUCGUGGUCUGAGGGGGAAUCACAGGCACCAUACUUGUAAUGAGACAUUUCUCAUUUGGGGCGCUAAAACGAAAUUUAGGUUGGAGAACUCUGAAGUAGUUGAUAAAGGCUAUGCUGAAGUGAUAAUUGGAGCAGACGAGGUUGCUGUUGCAGGUAGCCCGAGUGGAAUGGCACAUGCUCUAGUAAAUGUGGAUCCCAUUCGGACUGCAUUCUUCCUUGGGUGUCAAGACAGCAUAGUGAACAAUAGCAGUUCCUCUACUGAUUUUAAUGUCUGGAAAGAUCUGAAAGCAUGACAUUUUGUCAACUAUUUCUUGUGUCUCCAUCUUCCUCUCACUUGGAAUCUCACAAUCCAUCCAUCUAAUUUUGUUUCUUCAUUUAUUAUGCAUGAGGUUUGUCAUGUCUUGAGGCCUCAAAGACUAGAAUUAGUUUUCAGAGAGAAUUUUUUAGGCAUCUAUGUAGAUGUAGUGCAGUUUACAAUGUGCUUUCUGACUUUAAUUUGGUGGCAGUGUGUUGGCUUUUCCUAUGCAAGUGCUCAAUUAUGUAGCCGCAAAGCCAAUGGUAUUUCUAGUUCUAUGCUGAAAGAACAAUCUAACGUAUGGUUAUGACUUGUAGUCAGUGUACAGUGGAUGAUAAAAGAUCAGUAUAUGCGAAUCUUGGAAGUUAUCGCUUUGUA